AUGUAUAGCUACAGUCUUCUUGGUUUUAUUUUAUUCUUUAUUAUUGUCAUUCAAGCAAAACCUUUGCCUGAAUCAUCAUCAUCAUCAUCAGAUAAUUCUGACGACAAUAAAUCGGCAAAAACUAAUGAUCAACUUUAUGAAAUUUAUAAAAAAAUGCGUGUAGAUCCACGUCUUGCAAUGGUAUCAAACAAAGAUCUUCUAUUAUAUAUUCAUAAAAAUUUUGCCCAAGGUAAUCAUAAUAUGGAUUCGAACAAAGAGAAACAUUUACAUCAACAACAACAACAGCAACAGCAACAAAAAGAAACAAACUAA